AUGAAAGGAUGUGGGCAUAUAUUUGGCUAUGAACUUUCUGUUUCUUCUUUCCAUUUCGAAAGCGGUAUUCAAUGUCCUGAAAAAGUAUUGUAUAAUCUGGUACGGAAGACUUUUAUGCCGACAAAGCUGCUUGCCCUUCGAUUUUAUUUGAAUCUCAAUGAUGAGGUUCGUUGUAUUGAUGCUAAAUAUAUUCACUUGUGCUUUUCUGGAGGAGGCACGGUAGUUGUAAAGCCUCAUAUGGAUAGCGCAUUCUUUAAUGUUUCAGAAUUUCAGGAACAAGCUUUUUUUUUUCAAUUUGCAAAUACUUUAAUAACAUAUCACGUUCACAGUUUAAAAGAACAAGGUGAUAAAGCCAGCAAUAUCUCGUAG